UCAAGAUUAGUAGUAUAAAUUUUGGAGUUUCAGAACCUGUAGUAAUUAUAUUCUGUUGAGAUAGUUUUAUUCUUGCAGUUAAUUAAUAAGAGAAUUUGGCAAGGCCACCCUUGUGCCCUGAAGGAGAAGGGCGUAGAAUAUAAGCAUUUGUCGGACAUCUUUGUUUUUCUGCCGCACCACCCCAACCCCUAGUUCGGUUACAUAAUUUGGUGUCAGGUGUGGGGUGGCUGCAACAAUGCCAACGAAUCUGCCAGGAACGCCAACAAACUCGGCAGAUGCGCCAACAAAUGCAGAAGCGGUACAGGAGCUACAACAAUGUAUAUCCCGACUGAUGGAAGAGCGAAACCAAAUGGCCAGUGAUAUCAGCUCUCUCAGGGAGAGAGUGGAAACAGAAGGAGGUGCCCCACAGCAGCAAGCAUCAGGACCAGUCCAAGUCAGAAAGGACCUAUCACUACAAUCGCUGAUAAAACCAUUCACAGGCGAAGCUUCAGGGCCAUCUGUGGAGGAAUUCUUGAGGAAUGUAAAGCUGGCUUCAGAAACUGGCCACUGGGAGGAGACAGAUAGAAAACUAAUUUGCUGACUGAAGGUGACAGGAACAGCAGCAGCAUGUCUUGACUCCUACCCAGAACUGUUUGAACUAACUGUUGGAUUUGCAGAGGUGGAACGCAUCCUGAGAGAAUGAUUUGGACAAACCCAAGAUCCUCAACAAUAUCUACUCGAACUGAUGAUGACAACCCAGUGACCAGACGAGACGGCAAGAGCUUUUGCAGAUAGAUGUAGGAUGCUAGGGCAACAGGCCCUACCACCACAGACCACCCCUGGCCAACGGGAUUGGGCCUGUACAUAGAUGGACCAGACCAUCCUUACAUCCUUCAUCCGAGGUUUGAAGAGCCAAGCAGCAACAAUGCUACAGUUGUACCCACCAGCCAACCUGGAGGCAGCCAUCAAGAUUGGGGAGCGAAUGGAGGGGAUUGCCAGUGGACCAUCAAAACCAAAUCACCCAAAUAUCUUCAUGGUGGAGACUGAUCCAGGAGCAACAGGUCCUGCUGCAGCAGUAGCCCGAGUGGAAGCUGGAGUACCACCAGCUAGCAAACAGAAUUGCUCUGCCUGCGGGAAACCUGGACACUAUGCAAGGGAAUGUAGGUCCAACAAUUCCAAUCAUGAUGGAUGGAGAAGCAUGCAACCCAAGGGCCAGUGACGA